AUGCCUGACAGUUUGAAUAACCCAUUCCUCCAAGUUUGGGUCACCCAACCUAUCCGACGCCUUCCCCGAAGCGCGUGGAUCCAUCACCUACGCGUCGCCGCCUAUCGAUAUCGUGUACACAUGACACUUAUUGCUGUGACGUCCCUGUCGGAUGUGCCAUUGCCGCCCGGCCACGACCUCCUUGGCCCAGUGAGCCCUGUGGACCGGUUAACCGCCAAGAGCCCCAAACACGCUACGUUUGUUGACCCGAAGAAGGACCUCAAGCGCGUUCGAAGCGUUGGAUUUGAAGGCGCGGACAUCGUGGAGUUCGAACCGACGAUCUUCACCACGACCGUCACGUCGGGCGGAGUCCCGGUUGGGUUAUCCAACAUGGAACGUCGAAGGAUUCGAAGGCGUUUGGAUUCGUUCGAACUUGAGCGCAAGGAUGAGCGAGUGUGUCGUCAGAACUACAUGGAGGAAGGGUACUUGGAUCCGGACGAGCGAGCGACGAUCUUGGGCAACGCGGGCUGCGAAGCGUCGUCGUUUGAAACUGUGGAAGCCGAGCUCAACCUGAUCAUUGCACAUCGCAAGGAGUCCAACGAAAUGGACGUUCAGUGCAUAUACGGACUGGGCGAGUACGGCGCGGAAGACGACAUCCACCUCUCGGCAUACGACGACGACGCCAGCGACGACGACGACGACGACGGUGGUCCGUCGCCAUUCCACUGCACGUACUUUGCCACGACGGCGGACACGACCCACGAAUGGAAGCAGACGCUGGACAUCAUUGCGCGAACAGAUGGGAUGGAAGAGGGCGGGGUAUGGCACAACCCCUUUCGACCGUCUCCCGAGCAUGCAGACAGGUGUCCAAGUACAAAGGACGACACGUGGAUGGACAGCGACGCAUUGACCGCGUGCAGCAGCGUUUCGACCGCAUGCGAAGAGAACUACUCGGACCUGGACCUGAGCAGCACCGACGUCGGUGACGUGUCAGUCCUGUAA